ACAAUUCACGCGCAGUUGUUCAUGAGUGGGUGGGUGCCGCCGCACGCUUGGGCUUGUUCACAUUCUUACGCUCUGUUUAUUCCUCAGAAGAACGCAGCGCGAGCGGAGCGCCACGCCGAGCGCUGCAGCGUUCUGAUUUCGAAUUUUGAAAUAUUUUGAAUCGCCCUGCGCCAAGAUAGAUAUGCAGAACGCUUGAAUUUGAAAUCAAAUACCAGAGAAUUUCUCACCAGUUGGAGACAAUUCCGCGUGCAAAAACAGACAUCUGAUUGAGCGCAAGCAAAUGAUUUUGAUUUCAGGAACUGUGAGCUGUAGAUGAAAGCGCCGACGUCGCGGCUGCUCUUUGAUCUGAAAGGAAGGAAGAAAGAAAGAUUGAUUUGGUGGGAAACUAAACAACUUUUUAAUCGCGUCUACACAUAUUCGAAGCCUCCUGAUUGAUGGAGAAUCACAGGCCGGGGAUUUUCGGAAUCAAAGCUUUCAAAUUGUGACACUUUGCGCUUUUAUAGCACAUCUGUCAAUCCACGCGGCGCCUUUUUAGUUUACAGUUCUUGCGCGGAACGGACCGGGCCGAUUUGACUUAUUCUUUGAAGUUUGACGCGCGCACGGUUCAUCAUGGGCUGCACGGUGAGCACAGAAGACAAGGCGGCCGCCGAGAGAUCAAAGAUGAUCGACAAAAACCUCCGCGAGGAUGGAGAGAAGGCUGCGAGGGAGGUGAAACUGCUCCUGCUCGGUGCGGGUGAAUCGGGGAAGAGCACCAUUGUGAAACAAAUGAAAAUCAUCCAUGAAGACGGCUACUCAGAAGACGAGUGUAAGCAGUACAGAGCCGUGGUCUACAGCAACACCAUCCAGUCAAUAAUGGCCAUCAUUAAAGCCAUGAGCAACCUCAAGAUCGACUACGGAGAGACCGGCCGAGUGGACGAUGCGCGGCAGCUGUUUGCUCUGUCUGCAGCAGCGGAGGAGCAGGGCAUCUUAACUGAUGAUCUGGCCAAUGCGAUCUGCAGACUGUGGGCCGACAGCGGGGUUCAGGGAUGCUUCACCCGAUCCAGAGAAUAUCAGCUCAACGACUCUGCUGCCUAUUAUCUGAAUGAUCUGGACAGGAUAGCACGGGCAGACUACAUCCCCACCCAGCAGGACGUCUUGAGGACCCGAGUGAAGACCACUGGGAUCGUGGAGACACAUUUCACUUUUAAAGAUCUGCACUUCAAGAUGUUUGAUGUGGGAGGUCAGAGGUCAGAGAGGAAGAAAUGGAUCCAUUGCUUUGAGGGAGUAACAGCCAUCAUCUUCUGUGUGGCUCUGAGCGCUUAUGACCUGGUGCUGGCAGAAGAUGAGGAGAUGAACCGCAUGCAUGAAAGCAUGAAACUGUUCGACUCCAUCUGCAACAACAAGUGGUUCACCGAGACCUCCAUCAUCCUCUUCCUCAACAAGAAGGAUCUGUUUGAGGAGAAGAUCACAAGCAGCCCUCUCACCAUCUGCUUCCCUGAGUACUCAGGAGCCAAUAAAUAUGAUGAGGCUGCCAGUUACAUCCAGACCAAGUUUGAGGACCUCAACAAGAAAAAAGACACCAAGGAAAUUUACACCCACUUUACCUGUGCGACUGACACUAAGAAUGUGCAGUUUGUGUUCGACGCCGUCACUGACGUCAUCAUCAAAAACAACCUGAAGGACUGCGGCCUUUUUUAAUGAAGGUGGCCAAGAGAAUGAUGAGGAAGGUGUAAACUGUUUGAUGGAGCUGGUUCUACACGACAUGCUAGACUGCCUUCAACUACCUAUAAGAAUCGUAACGUUUUUUUUUUAUGUGACA